CAAAUAAAAGUAUUUCAUAUUACCGGUCAUGUUUCACUGUCGUGACAGCGCAUACAUACAUCUUGUUAACUCAUAUAAACAACUUGACUGUUACAAUUGAUUGCCAUCUUUUCAGAUGUUUUAAAUCUAUUGAGACGUUCAGUUAACUCAUAGAAGAAUGAAAAUGUUCAGAAAUGUUGAGCUUUUGGCAAUAUCUUUGCUAUUUUGUGUAGGUUCGGGAAGGGAGCCGUUAUGUUCCCGAUACCAUUACGAGGAACAGAUACUUGCAAAAGUUUUACGACUUGAGCACAGAAUGGAUAUGUAUGAUGAAACGAAAGUUCCGGUGCUAACUCAAUGUCCUGAUAGCUGGCUAUCGUUUAAAAACUCUUGCUAUCUUUUUGUUGACGAGAAAGCUACACAUCAAAAUGCGAAGCUGCAUUGUCUAAUGCAUGGUGCUCAUUUAGUACACGUCAACGACGAAGAAGAGAGUGCAUUUCUUUCUUUGUACCUUCAUAAAUUCAAAGAUAAUCAAUACUGGAUCGGCCUAACCGACACUAAAACAGAGGGGAAAUUUGAAUGGGACGGUCAUGACACUGCAGUUUCGUUCACCAACUGGAUAUCUGGCCAGCCUGAUAAUUCUGGUGGAAAGGAAAAUUGUGUUCACAUGCACCAUUCUUAUGAUUACAAAUGGAAUGACAAUGUAUGCAGUGCUUUGUUUAUGUUUAUUUGUGAAAAAAGAAAAUCUCAUACAUCAGUAUCAUAACAAAAUUAAUAAAAUAAGGCAAUAUGAAUGUAAUAAUAAUUCCCUUCUAGAAUUAUUGUAUUUGCAAGGAUUAAUAUCACCUUCAAACUAAACAGAAACAUUAAGAUUUAAUACAAAUUCCAUGAGCAUCAUAUAAUAAUUAUAAAUAAACAUAAUGAUUAGAUUUUUUUCCAAUACAGUAGUACUAGAAAUGUACAAUAAUAAUGACUUAGUAGCCGUUAUAGAAAUGCCGAGGUAUUUUCCGACGAUUGUGUAAUUUUAUAAGUGAAAUACAAUGAUUUUUUUAUCCUCGUUUGUUACAAUUCAUAUGUUUGAGGUAUUGUUUUUACGUAUUUCACCUACCUUAAAUACGUGAAGAGGCUUUAAACAUACAUGUACUUCUUUUGAAACUAAUUUUCCUUGCUAGAAAAUUGAUUGAAUAAUAACAUAUCAAUAUUAAAAUUAUCACUAAUUUUACGUAGAUCCAACCGGACAUCUUAGUUCAUUUACACACAUGAUUUCAUAUUAUACAUAUAAGCAUAUAAAUUCAUUAAAUAGAGUAAAAUGAG